AUGGUGUCCCGGCUCUUCCUACUCCUGGCGUCCUGCCAGGGGAUUCCCAAGCUACCCAAAGGGCUGGGCUCGGGGCCCCCGGCCGGGGCGUGCGUCCCCGUGGGUGCACAGCCCCGCCCCCGGCGGUCCCUGGGGCCUGCGUCUCUCUCCCGCCACGGCGCACACUCGGAGGGCUGCGGCGGCCGGGAGGUUGCGGCGGCCGGGAGGCUGCGCGCCGAGCGCAAGCCGCGAGCACAAACAGGGCGAGGAGGCUGGGAUCAACCGCUCUUGCAGCCUGCGGUCAACGAGGACCCGACUCUCCGAGGCUCCUGGGGCGGGAGCGGCGAGCGCACCGCCAGCUCCUCGGCGCCCCCCACGCCCACCCCGCCCCAGCCCCGCCGGGACCUCCACGUAGCGGGGUUGCGCAUCCCUCUGCCUUCUCGCCCCUGUAUUGAAGCUUCUCACAACCCCCAGCCACAGCAGAGCCAGCUGUGCGCACCUGGGAGAGGCAUUCUCCUCACCCUACGGGCAGGUGUGGCCAGGCAACAGCUGCUGUGUACGCGUCCAUUUCCCCCAACUCCCACCUCGCUGGGAAGCCUCUGGAGGUCUUGGUGGGGGUGUAACUCUUACUUGCAGGUGAAGGUGGACAUUUGUUCUAGGGUGUUGGGGAGCAGAGGAAGGGGAUGCUGGGAGAAGUGGGUUAUAGGGCAAGAAGGCCCCCCUCUGCGUCCUCAGCUGACCCAGAGUUGAGUCUCUUCCUGUCCCCGCCCCUCAAAGCCACCAGGCCCCCGAAGAUUUCCUCAGAGGGUGGGAGAAGCAGGUAGAGAGGCACUCUGAAGCCUGAGACCCUGCUUUUUCUGCCUUACCCUCCCUCCCACCC